AUGGUCCAGGCGUCCUAUAUCCCCAGUGCCACAACCAUCAUACAACCACGCGUAACAGUCCACAACACGGAGUCCACUGACUGUAUAUUUCUGUCUGUACACACUGGGUGUGCUCUCCUCUCUGUACUGCAGGUGACUUCAGAGGAGAGGCAGAUGAGCAUGUCUCCCAGUGCAGUGGAUGAUCAGUUCUCAGGGUGUCGGGCAGAGAUGUGGGAGAAGGUCAUGGGGAAGGGGGGGCUGCUGGAGCAGGAGCUACAGGGCAGCAGUGUGUUUCAGAAGGUGUGGAGCGCAGCAAGUUGCAGCGAAACCAUCCCAGGUGGCAGGCUGGAGCACACUCUGGCCAUGGAGGUGUACAGUCGCGCAAGCAGUACAUUCCGCAAAGAAUUCAAUUCAGCGGUCGAGUCCCGCGGCGCGAACAGCAGCGUCUACAGAAGCAGCUUCCCCUUCAAGUCCCUCCACUUCCUGCUGACGGAGGCGCUGCAGCUGCUGAAGCCGAAUCAGAGUCUCACCACGUACCGCGGUUCACAGCACCAAUACAAAGCGGAGGUGGGAACCGAGGUGCGAUUUGGGCGGUUCACCUCCACCAGAGAAGAACGAAGCCAUGCUGAAGAAGAUGCAGAUUCUGGGACCCUGUUCGUCAUCACCAGCCGAGCUGCAGUGAGUGUGGAGAAACCACCCUGUGCCACCAAGGAUAUCGAGUUCCUGAUCCCCCCUUUCGAGGUGUUUAAAGUGGAGAGUGUGGAGAUCAAAGAGGAUUACACAGAGAUCACUCUGAACCACACACGCUUUCACAGCUACCACGACUGUUACCUCUUCCCCAGGUGGUCAUUUACAGACAGGACGGUACAGCAGGUGACUUCAGAGGAGAGGCAGAUGAGCAUGUCUCCCAGUGCAGUGGAUGAUCGGUUCUCAGGGUGUCGGGCAGAGAUGCGGGAGAAGGUCAUGGGGAGGCGGGGGCUGCUGGAGCAGGAGCUGCAGGGCAACAGCUCGUUUCAGAAGGUGUGGAGCGCAGCAAGUUGCAGCAAACCCAUCCCAGGUGGCAGGCUGGAGCACGCUCGGGCAAUCGAGGUGUACAGUUGUGCAAGCAGUACAUUCCGCAAAGAAUUCAAUUCAGAGGUCGAGUCCCAAGGUGGGAACAGCAGCGUCUACAGCAGCAGCUUCCCCUUCAAGUCCCUCCACUUCCUGCUGACGGAGGCGCUGCAGCUGCUGAAGCCGAAUCAGAGUGUCACCACGUACCGCGAGAAGAACGAAGCCAUGCUGAAGAAGAUGCAGAUUCUGGGACCCUGUUCGUCAUCACCAGCCGAGCUGCAGUGUGUGUGGAGAAACAACCCUGCACCACCAAGGACAUCAAGUUCCUGA